UGCGCGCGCAAAAGCAAGAUGAUGACAACUCUCCAACUCGACGCCCUGCCAACAACCUCCCACCCUCCACCUCUACAAGAAUGGCCGCACCGCCGCCACCAUCUCACUGCAAGCUUCAUUCUCCCUGCCGGCUCACUGUUUCGCCAUCUUUCGAGAUUGAUUCGAAGAGGGCGGAGAGCCGGAACCCUAGGGGGAAUUGGGGGUUUGAAAGGGGAGUGAGAGUGAAAGAUGAUGGAAUCUGGGGUGCCUAUUUGCAGCACUUGUGGUGAGCAAGUGGGGCUGAAUCUGAAUGGGGAAGUGUUUGUGGCUUGUCACGAGUGUAAUUUCCCCCUCUGCAAGACAUGCAUCGAGUACGAGAUCAAGGAAGGGCGUUCUUCCUGCUUGCGGUGUGGCUCUCCGUAUGAUGAGAACUCAAUGGUGGCUAAUGCUGAAACAGUGGCAUCUGGUGGUCAUUCCUCGAUGGCUGCUCACCUCAGUAAUAUGCAGGAAGUUGGGCUCCACGCUAGAAAUAUAAGCAGCAUAUCAACAGUUGACAGUGAACUAAAUGAUGAAUCUGGGAACCCAAUAUGGAAGAAUAGGGUGGAAAGUUGGAAGGAUAAGAAGAACAAGAAGAAAAAGGCUACUAGCAAAGUUGCCAAAGAAGCUGAAGUUCCGCCGGUACAGCAAAUGGAAGAAAAUCAGCAGUUAGCAGAUGCUUCACAGCCACUUUCAACAGUAAUUCCAAUCCCGAAGAGCCAACUCGCACCAUAUAGGACUGUCAUCAUCAUGCGGUUGAUCAUUCUGGGCCUGUUCUUUCAUUACAGAAUAACAAAUCCUGUUGAUAGCGCCUAUGGUCUGUGGCUCACUUCUGUCAUUUGUGAGAUCUGGUUUGCUGUUUCAUGGGUGUUGGAUCAAUUCCCCAAGUGGCAACCUGUUAAUAGGGAAACAUAUAUUGACCGGCUCUCAGAAAGGUAUGAAAGAGAGGGUGAACCCUCACAGCUGGCUGCUGUGGAUUUCUUUGUCAGUACCGUGGAUCCUCUGAAAGAACCACCAUUGAUAACUGCCAAUACUGUUCUUUCAAUCCUUGCGGUGGACUACCCUGUUGAAAAAGUCUCCUGCUAUGUCUCUGAUGAUGGUGCAGCGAUGCUUACAUUCGAGUCUCUUGUUGAAACUUCUGAGUUUGCAAGGAAGUGGAUACCUUUCUGCAAAAAAUUUGCAAUUGAGCCACGUGCACCUGAGUUCUAUUUCUCACAGAAGUUUGAUUACCUGAAGGAUAAAGUGCAACCCUCAUUUGUGAAGGAACGAAGAGCCAUGAAAAGGGAUUAUGAAGAGUACAAAGUGCGGAUAAAUGCUUUAGUAGCCAAGGCUCAGAAAACACCAGAGGAGGGCUGGACCAUGCAAGAUGGAACAGCUUGGCCUGGAAACAACCCUCGAGACCAUCCUGGCAUGAUUCAGGUCUUCCUUGGACAUAGUGGUGCCCAUGACAUAGAAGGAAAUGAACUUCCUCGACUGGUUUAUGUCUCAAGAGAGAAGAGACCCGGCUACCCACAUCAUAAAAAGGCUGGUGCUGAGAACGCUCUGGUUAGAGUGUCUGCAAUUCUCACAAACGCACCAUUUAUCCUCAACCUUGAUUGUGAUCACUAUGUUAACAACAGCCAGGCACUUCGUGAGGCAAUGUGCUUCUUGAUGGAUCCACAAGUAAAUCGAGAUCUGUGCUACGUUCAGUUCCCCCAGAGGUUUGAUGGUAUUGAUCGCCAUGACAGAUAUGCAAACCGCAAUACAGUCUUCUUUGAUAUUAACAUGAAAGGAUUGGAUGGAAUUCAAGGACCAGUUUAUGUGGGAACUGGUUGUAUUUUCAAUAGGCAAGCACUUUAUGGCUACGGCCCUGCUUCUUUGCCCAGCUUGCCCAAGGAAUCUUCGUCAUGUUCAUGGUGCGGAGGCUGUUGUUGCUGCUGCAGAACAAAGAACCCUACAAAAGAUCUCUCAGAGGUUCAACGAGACUCAAAAAGGGAUGAUCUAAAUGCAGCCAUUUUCAACCUCAGGGAGAUUGACAACUAUGAUGAGUAUGAGAGGUCAUUACUCAUCUCUCAAAUGAGCUUUGAGAAGACUUUUGGCAUGUCAUCUGUAUUUAUUGAGUCUACGAUGAUGGAGAAUGGAGGAGUAGCCGAUUCUGCCGACCCAUCAUUGCUGAUUAAAGAAGCAAUUCAUGUCAUCAGCUGUGGAUAUGAGGAGAAGACUGCAUGGGGAAAGGAGAUUGGCUGGAUAUAUGGGUCAGUGACGGAGGAUAUCUUGACUGGUUUCAAGAUGCACUGCCGAGGAUGGAGGUCUAUUUAUUGCAUGCCCUUGAGGCCUGCAUUCAAAGGUUCUGCUCCUAUCAACUUGUCUGAUCGGCUGCACCAGGUUCUCCGCUGGGCCCUUGGAUCUGUUGAGAUCUUCCUGAGCCGACACUGCCCGCUCUGGUAUGGAUAUGGAGGAGGCCGCCUUAAAUGGCUCCAAAGACUGGCAUAUAUCAACACCAUUGUCUAUCCUUUUACAUCCCUCCCUCUUGUCGCAUACUGCACAAUUCCAGCUCUCUGCCUCCUCACAGGAAAAUUCAUCAUACCAACGCUCUCAAACCUGGCAACAGUAUGGUUUCUUGGCCUCUUCAUCUCAAUCAUCACAACCAGCGUGCUAGAGCUGCGAUGGAGUGGUGUGAGCAUCGAGGACUGGUGGCGAAACGAGCAGUUUUGGGUGAUUGGAGGCAUAUCAGCCCAUCUCUUUGCAGUCUUCCAGGGAUUCCUGAAAAUGAUUGCCGGCCUUGACACCAACUUCACGGUGACCGCAAAAGCAGCCGACGACGCAGAUUUUGGCGAGCUCUAUCUUUUCAAGUGGACCACAGUUUUGAUCCCUCCAACAACCCUGCUCAUCCUCAACAUCGUUGGCGUGGUUGCCGGAUUCUCAGACGCACUCAACAAAGGCUAUGAAUCUUGGGGCCCUCUCUUUGGGAAAGUGUUCUUUGCCUUCUGGGUGAUCCUCCAUCUCUACCCCUUCCUCAAGGGUCUGAUGGGGCGCCAGAACCGGACACCCACUAUUGUCGUUCUAUGGUCAGUGCUUCUAGCCUCUGUGUUCUCUCUUGUCUGGGUUAAGAUAAAUCCAUUUGUUAGCAAAGAUGAUGGCACAACCAUGGUCCAAGGCUGCAGUUCCAUUGAUUGUUGACUUACCAAAAGGGAAGCUCUCCCCACAUUUUGCUGUCAAGAUCAGCAGCCCAUGAAAAUUUGUUCUUUAGCAAUAUAUAUACUGAUCUUUGUUCGAAGAUGUCACUUGUAGACAUCAAGCCCUGCUGGUUUUUCUUGUUUGGCUUGAGAGAAAAACCAAAAUGGUAACAUUACUUUUGUCUUGAUUUUGGUUGUACAAAGAGCACGAAUAUAUAUGAAAUGAGAAACAUGGUUCUCUCCGA